AUGAUUGAUGUUCCCAAAGAAUUACGUGAAGUUUAUGAACGAAAAGAACUUAGUCAGCCUGUUACAUUAAGUGGUCCAUAUUCACCAUUAGAAGUAAAUCAUUCUUCAUGUCAUUAUGCAACAAAAAUGCGUCGCGUUCAAAUUGAUGGUGAACCAAUAAAUUCAGUUGAUUUAGAAGAAGAACAACAUUGUAAUUAUCGUCGUUUACUUGUUGCAUUUGGUGUUCAUCUUUCACAAGCACGACAAAUUGUGUCACUUCGUCAUACAACAUUAACGCCAUCUAUUCGUGGUUUACCAGCUUUAAUUGCAAUGAUUUUUGCGCCAAGUAUUGAGUUAAGACUUGCUGAAGAAGGUAAAACGAAAACAGGUGUAUUAUGUGGUCUUGGAUUUAAUCCAGUUACAAAUACUUCUCUUUAUCCUGAUCAUGAUAUGGAUAUUGGAUUUGAUGUACAAAUAUCAACUGAAGAUCUUGUUCGAAUCAAUGAAAUUCAUAAACAAAUGAAGUUAGCAUUAUACAGUGCAGAAUCAGCUGGUAAUAAAGAUUUAAUGCGAUCAGUUCAACGAAUAAUUACUACUGAUUUACAAAAGCUUGUCGUUCCAUUUUCAAAAAAUUUUUAUUUUAAUGUAAUUUGUUUAUAUUAUAGAUUACUUGAAGCAAAACGACCACCAAAUCGAAAUAAUUAUUUUGAAACAUUUCAAUGGAAUCGAUUAAAUCCUGAUGAUCGUAUUCCAAAAAUGGCUGAAGAUGUUUCACUUGAUCAUCUUAAAUUAUUUCCACGUCAUGAUGAUAUUAUUAUACGUACAGUUGAAAUUGAUAAUGAAUAUCGUUUAAAGAUGAUUACAACAUUCAUGUGUCAGAUUACUUGUCAAUUAUGUGAUAUGGAUUUUAAUUUUACUUCAGAUUUAUUUGCACAUUUAUCGUCAAGUCAACAUCGAGAACUUGUUCAACAACUUGAUCUCGCUCAUUAUGUAUAG